AUGUUAGGUGUAUUCAAGUAUCUAUUAGCUGGACUGUCCCGAAAGCAAGACUCAAACCACACUAUAGGUGUGGAGUUUGGAAGCAAAGUGGUCAAUGUUGGAGGAAAAGCAGUCAAACUACAAAUCUGGGACACAGCUGGGCAGGAGAGGUUCAGAUCAGUCACCAGAAGCUAUUACAGAGGUGCAGCAGGAGCAUUGCUGGUCUAUGAUAUUACCAGUCGUGAGACAUACAAUGCGUUGACCAACUGGCUGACAGAUGCUCGCACACUAGCCAGUCCAAACAUUGUCAUUGUACUUGUGGGGAACAAGAAGGAUUUGGAGGCAGAACGAGAGGUGACAUUUCUGGAAGCUAGCAGAUUUGCUCAAGAAAAUGAGCUGAUGUUCCUGGAAACAAGUGCCCUCACUGGAGAGAAUGUCGAAGAGACUUUUUUGAAAUGUGCUCGAUCAAUAUUGACAAAGAUUGAAUCUGGUGAACUAGACCCAGAAAGGAUGGGUUCAGGUAUACAGUACGGUGAUGCCUUGAGGAGAAUGCACCGGCAGGAGAAGCUACAACCUCGUGCGACAAGGAGUGACUGUCCGUGCUAA